AUGACUGAUAUUGGCAGUUCGAUUAGUCAGAAUUUGAUUAGAGCCAACCUCAAUAAUAAGACUCUCCAAAAUACUCUCUCCACAUUCCUUUCCGUAAAGAUACAGGGUUCAAAGCGUGGAUGGAAAUGGUAUCUAUCAACUCUAUUGUUUCAUUCCUUAUUUCUGUAUAUUUCUGUGUUUAUUCCUUCGAUUAGAAAUGGAGAGGUAGGAGAGUUAUACUCGAAUAUAAUAUAUUCAAUAAUCAAUUUCCCCAUUACAUUGCUGGUGGACAUGUGGGGAUAUUAUGCAAGUAUUGGAAUAGGUUUGGGUGUUAUGAUGUUUGUCAUGAUGAAUUUGGUUCUUUGCAUUGCCUCUGUGUGGGUAGUUACGAAAGCACUCGAUAAUAUUAGAUAUGUAAGAAUAGGAUUAUGGAUAUUUGGUAAUUUACUUCUUGUACUUUCUCCUCUUUUCGUAAACAUACUGGUGGGAUUUUAUAAUUGUUCGAAUCUCAUUAAUGAAACUACAUUGGAGCGACUAUUGUACAGGUACAAUCAAGUAUCUUGUAUUGAUUCUGGAAACAUGGUAGUAAUUGUAUUAGCUAUUGGAUGUUUGGCAAUACUCUUUGCAUUAAUAAUCCUGAAUAGAUUGAUUGUUAGUGACAUGAAUACUUAUGAUAGGGUUCCUUUUUGCUCAUCUUAUCCCAUUCAUAUUAUGACGCUUGACAUUGUAAACUUUAUGGGUGUAUUACUCAUAUUUUCAAUUCCAUUGGAAUACAAGAUCAUCUCAGAUUCAUUGAAUAUUGUAAUGAGCUUGAUAUUUGCUUCAGUUACAUUCUAUUUCAAGACAUGUUUUAAUACUGUUGAUAAUUCAAUAUUAUUUGCUGUUGCAGGUGCUAGAACAGGCGUUUCUAUUGGUUCACUGGUUUCUACUAUACUGAAGGGAAAUAAUUUCUAUUUACAAAUAAUUGGCCUGCCUUUGACAUUUGGCUUGGCAAUCAUUUUCUUUGUUAUUUUCAUAAUCUUGAUGGAAUUGUACCAGCGCUUGAUAAUCAACUCAGUCAGAAAAACCCUACUCAGUGGGAUUGAUCUGAAAUCAUCUGACAGAAAGUCAAUUCUUGCAUGCGUUGAUGUAAAUUGUACAAAUAUUAUGCAAGAGAAUCAUGGAAGAGGAUAUUUCUCUAAAUUAAGCUUCUAUUUUAGUCAAUACCAUAGAAUAAAGCAUGCAAUUGUUGCUGGAGAUGUGACAGAAAGGGAAUUAUAUUUACUUACUGCCAAGACGCUCAUAAAUAAGAAUAUCAGAGAUCCUAAAUGUUUAUUUUACAUUUCCAUGCUGUUAGCUCAUGCAGAAGAAGAUGAGAGCAUCAAUUUGGACAAAUCCAUUGAUAUACUCUACCAUAUUGUUAGACAUUCAAAGAAUAUUUUUAUGAGAACUAUUUCCCUAUACAAAUCAUUAGAAUUGCAAGAGCAUAGGCUAAAUAUCUCAUCAAUUAAUAGUUCUGAUUUGGGUGACGAUGGAACCAUCAAAGAAUUGAAAUACAAUCAGGAUAUGCUUCUGUCUCUCCACAGAGACUUUUGGAAGGAACUUAUUGAAGAAUCACCACAAUACUCGACCAUUGAAAAGAUUGCAAAUAAGAUUGCAGAGAUUACAGUGGAAUGUAAUCAAAUGUUUGAGGAAUUAAUGGGAAGUAAGAGAAGUAAACAGAUUCUCAGGUUGUAUGCCACGUACGUUGAGCUUUUUCAGUUUGACAAGGUGAAAUCUGAAACCCUCUAUGAAGAAGCCAAUCGAUUGGAAAAGGAUGCAAGAGGUUUGUACAUGAGUGCUAAAAGGCCUAGAAAAGAGUCACAAGUAGUACCAACUUCAUUCGAUCCUACCGAAUCUGAUUUAUUCUCUGAAGCACCAGUAAGUGAGGUAGACGAAGAAGAAGAACAUGAAAUGCACAAGGACCUAUUGUUCAGGAAUGGAAUUAGGAACAAACCAAACGAAAGUUUGAGAAACAGUCUGUUUAUUUUAAUUUUUGUGAUCAUUUUCAGUGUUGGUUUAGGAGGCGCUUCUUUUGCUAUUUACAUUGGAUCUUCGAUUAGAGUUGGUGUUGUAAACUUGAAUUCUGCUUGUUUGACUGAGGAAGUUGGAAUGUCUGUAAUAAGAAAUGUCAGAAGUAUGCAAAGUGCAAUUAAUUAUUAUAUUAAUUAUGGAAGUGAUUGGAAGACAGAAUAUGAUAGUCUCCCAACAGAAACCUUUCAGGAAUAUAUCCAAAACUAUCUUCAUAGAAUGGAAAAUGACAAGAAUGUUCUACACGAUUUGAUAUUACUUGCACAAAAAGGUGUUUUUGAUGCUCCUAUCUAUACAGCUUACGGUGCAGGAGAACACACAGCAUUAAUUCCUACGAUUAGAGACAAUGGAUACUAUUCAGGUACAGUGCAAAUAAGAAGAAUAUCAGUCAAUGAAUUUACCAAUAAUCUGAAAAGCUUCUUAGAAAGAAUCCAAGAAAGUUUUCCUCUCAAUGAUUUAUUGUUAUUGUCCAACUCCACAACAAUUUCUCAAUCAACAAGAGAUCAGCUCGUUAGGUCUGUUAUUAAUGGUACUUUCAUGAAUUCUAUACAGGACUAUAGUUUCAUGUAUUAUUGGAGUAACAGAGAUAAUGCAUUUGAUGUUCUGUCUGCAUUUUGUUCGAAUUAUGUAGAUUCUAGCCAAUUAUCCACAACUUCAUUAUUAUCGUAUUUUCAAAUCUAUCUCGUAGCUGGUAGUUUAGCAUUGUUGCCAAUCGCUAUGUGCUUCAUUAUUACUGUUCUUUACAGACAGUACUACCUUAAAAGAUUGGUAAAAACAAUCAAGAAGGAGACUCCAAGAGACAAGAUAGCUAGAAUAUAUCAGUCACUUUCCAAGCAAUCAUCUAUUGACUCUUCACUUGAUUCCAGUUUGAUUUCGAAAAUUACCAAAGCCAAGUACACCCUCAUAGUUUCAGUCAUGGUUUUGGUUUUAGUCAACCCAUUUUGUUUGGGAAUGUUUUAUAAUGAAAUUAAUGGAAAUGCAGUAAGCGCACUCAAAACUUAUUAUAAUAUUCAAGCUGGAGCUAGAGUAAUUUAUUUUGUACAAAUUUGUGGAUACUACUUAUCAGAACUUUUAUCCGUUUAUGGUUUAGGAAAUACCAACAACUUUGGGGCUACUAACAUUGCCCAUCCGUUUUUAAGAACUAGUUCUACAUUUGACGAGCUGAGCCACAUUCUUUUGGAUCAAAUUGAUGGACUUUCGUCUAAUUAUACGGAUCUGAUAUUUGGUAAUAUUAAUAUUCCAUACGAUACACCUCUUGUUGGUAUCUAUCCAUCGAUGGACAAGACAUUGAAAUUUGGAGUUUCAGAUAAUUGUACUGAAUAUUUGCAAGCAAAUAAUUUUACAUUUAAUGUGCAAAAUUACUAUAGUUAUUGUAUUGGUGUCGAAUAUAUGAUGUCUGAAUUUGUUUCAACUUCAUCCAAAGUGUCUGAGUUAACUAAGAAAUUCUACAAAUACCAGUCAACCAACUUUACAAUGCAAGAAAUUAGUACCUUGUUUUUUGAACAUUACACUAAUCAAGCUAGGUCAUAUCCUCUCUCUCUAAAACUAGCAUCAUUUAUGCAAGAAUUUGCAAGAGUUUCUUCAGAAAUCCAGUUAUGUUUCUGUAUUGUUAUUUACUAUUUUGGGUACUUGUAUUUCUUUAAUUUUUUGUAA